AUGCCGCCAACUCCAACUGCCGAUUCCUUGUGUGGUCAACGAGGUGAGGGCGAUGAGAGCGAAGCAUCAAGACGAAUCAAAACUGGACUUCUUGUGCAGAUGCAGGGUGUUGGAAAUAAUGAUCAGAAAGUCCUAGUUCUUGCAGUAACGAAUACUCCCUAUGCACUUGAUCAGGCCAUCAGCCGCCGUUUUGAUAAGCGUAUUUACAUUCCUCUGCCUGAUCUGAAGGCUCGACAACAUAUGUUCAAGGUGCAUUUAGGUGAUACUCCUCACAACUUGACUGGAAGUGAUUUUGAAAGCUUAGCUCGACGAACAGAGGGAUUUUCAGGGUCAGAUAUAUCUGUUUUUGUUAAGGAUGUUCUUUUUGAACCUGUUCGUAAAACCCAAGAUGCGGUGUUUUUCUACAAGACGCCUAAUGACAUGUGGAUGCCAUGUGGACCAAAACAACCAGGUGCUGUCCAAAUUACAAUGCAGGAAUUGGCAGCCAAAGGACUUGCAGCACAGAUCCUUCCACCUCCUAUUUAGAGAUCAGAUUUUGAUAAGGUGCUUGCUAGACAGAGGCCAACGGUGAGCAAAUCUGAUCUGGAGGUCCAUGAAAGAUUCACAAACGAGUUUGGAGAAGAGGGCUGAUGGCUUUGAUGAAUACGUCACAUUGAUCUACUCUCCGGUUGUGCGUGCGAUCAUUGUAAUUUGUAUUCUAUUAAUAACCGCUGGAUCAUCCAUCCAAGGAAUUGUUGCUAUUUAGCUUGGUCAAGCAGGGAAGGUGACUUAACUUCCCUUUUCUGUAUUCAGAUGCAAAGAACGUUUCGGCACUUAGUCCAUUGCUCGUCUCUUUUUACUGUGUAAAGAACAUUACUCUGAAAAAAUUUGGCUUCAAACACUUGAAUAUAAGUUGUGCCCUUUUUCA